CACCUGCUCCUCCUCCUGAGCGAGAGCUGCUGAGGUAGGCCAAGCAGGAGACGAUUCCACCCUGGUUCUGGACGCUUCAAACAGACGUAAGGGGUACCGAGGAGAUUCCUUUAGGCCUAUUUACUGGGUACCUGGACAACACUGAAGAUUCACCAUAGAAUGAGGCUUUGCCUCUUACCUGUCCUUUUUCCUGCUUUCUGAAGCACAUCAUUCAACAUGGGAGAAGUUCAAAAGGUAAUCCCGCUACCUUCUGCUGCCGAUCUUUGAGUUUGAUGGAAAUGAACAUCUUGGGUUAUUCAGAGACAGACUGUUUUCCCUUUUCAAUAACAAACUAACUGACGAUUUGACACAAUCUCAGCUAAUAAAAUGCAUUGUAGUCCCUUACAAGCUUCAUAAUUGCUUUUUUUCUGUGUCUGUUUGUAAUAUCCUCUUCUUUCUUGUUUUUCUUAGGGGUUUUUCUCAGUCCUACAGAAAUUAAAAGGAACCACAGAACAGGAACUUCGGAUAGUCCUUCUGGGUCUAGACAACGCUGGCAAAACAACGCUGCUAAAACAGCUUUCAUCCGAGGAUGUCAACACCAUUACUCCUACACAGGUCAGAUCCAAUCCUGGCAUGCUCUGAACUUACAUAAGCAGGCCACUGCAGUUUUGUAAUGACAACUCUGUGACCCGCCUCCAUGGCAGGAUAUUACACUUCCUUCCUCAGGUUGUUGCCGAAGGCUUCCACGGAAUGGCACUUACUCAAUGGUAGCCGGAUGUCAGAUGUUUUUUUAACCUGCUGUUUCAAAAUCUGAUCUUUGAUCAUAUCAAUGUCUUCUACCAAACUAUAAUCAUUCUUGGAUCUCUAAAUGGGUGACAUGGGUGAGAAAACAAUUGCAUAUUAACCUCAGCUAAUGGCACCAUUGGUAGCAAGUAAAGCCACUCAUCCCUAAUAGCAGUUAAAAUAGAUGCAAAGGAUUGUCACACUUCAUGUCAGACAUGGAAAGGGAAAUAGAUGGCAUGAGUCAGACAUGGAAAGGGAGAUACAGUGGCUUGCGAAAGUAUUCACCCCCCUUGGCAUUUUUCCACUUUUAAGAUGCAAUAUAUUUUUAUUUUUUUAUAAACAAGAAAUAAGACCAAAAAAAUGAAAACUUCAGCAUGCAUCACUCUUCACCCCCCCAAAGUCAAUACUUUGUAGAGCCACCUUUUGCAGCAAUUACAGCUGCAAGUCUCUUGGGGUACAUCUCUAUAAGCUUGGCACAUCUAGCCACUGGGAUUUUUGCCCAUUCUUCAAGGCAAAACUGCUCCAGUUUGCAGACUCUGGGGCCUUUCAGAACAGGUGUAUAUAUACUGAGAUCAUGUGACAGAUCAUGUGACACUUAGAUUGCACACAGGUGGACUUUAUUUAUCUAAUUAUGUGACUUCUGAAGUUAAUUAGUUGCACCAUAUCUUAUUUAGGGGCUUCAUAGCAAAUGGGGUAAAUACAUAUGCGCGCAUAAUAUUUUCCAUUUUUUAUUUCUUCGAAUUUUUUGAAACAAGUUAUUUUUUUCAUUUCACUUCACCAAUUUGGACUAUUUUGUGUAUGUCCAUUACAUGAAAUCCAAAUAAAAAUCCAUUUAAAUUACAGGUUGUAACGCAACAAAAUAGGAAAAACACCACUUUUGCAAGGCACUGUAGAUGGCCUGAUCCCAGAUCAAUAAAUCAAAUGUAUUUUAUGAAGUCAUUUUUGCAGAAGCAGUUGUCAUAAAGUUCUUUACAAAUACCCAGCCUAAAACCCAAUGCAGAGGCAGAUGCACAGUGGCUAGGAAAAACUCCCUAGAACGCAGGAACCUUGGAAGAAACCUAGAGAGAAACUAGGCUCCGAGGUAUGGCCACUGGCCAGGCCUCUUCUGGCUGUACCGAUGACUUUACAAGGGUCAGGUCACUCCAGAGGGUUAUACUGCAAAGCAGGAUCAAUGAGUUAGCCAGCUAACUUCCCUAAAUAUUCUGAAAUAACUUGACAUUUUUUUAGAAAGAUUAGCUUGAAAUGGGUAUGGUCUAAUUGACUCAACAACCAAAAACACAUGGCUAACUCAAUGAUCCUGCUUUACAGUAUAUCCCUCUGGCCAAGAGCUCUGGAAGUAAACAAGUAGUGUCAUCAAAUAUCGACACGUUGUCCAUUCAAGUUCAUCAUAGUAGUGUUGAAUGAUUUGGUUGGUUUUUCAUAUGUUCGAAGGCAAUAAAAGACAGUGCUUGUUUAAGCAGUCGGUUUAUGCAGACUUUGCACAAAAUAGCACAUUGACAAUAGUACAUUUAGCUAGACUAAGAAUAGAGACUAGGCUGUGACUUUAAUCCGGGGGUUGAAGAUGACUUAACCAUAAAGGCAGAGAGGGUGCGACACACAUUGUGUAAGGCCUAGCUAAAAAUAGAGGGUCAAGGUUUAUUAUCAUUGUACAUGUCUGUCUUGUAAUGUCAGAAUGUUACAAACAAAUGCUUAUUUAGAGACACUAGUACAAUAUUAAGGCUGUGUUCUGUUAAACUGUGUUACCUCCGAAUUCUGCGCCUCCAUUGAUCCCAAAGGGCUUCAACAUUAAGAGUCUCACGUCUCACGGAAUGAAACUGAACGUGUGGGACAUCGGAGGACAGAGGAAGAUUCGGCCCUUCUGGAAGAAAUAUUUGGAAAACACAGAUUUGUUGGUGUGUAAAUGAUCUCUCACUUUGUCCUAUUAUACAGCGGCUUCAGAAACUAUUCACACCCCUUGAAUUGUUCCACAUUUUGUUGUGUUACAGCCUGACUUUAAAAUUGAUUCAAUUGAGGAUUUGUGUCACUGGUCUACACACAAUACCCCAUAAUGUCAAAGUGAAAUUAUGUUUUGAGACAUUUUUACAAAUUAAUUAAAAAUGAAAAGCUGAAAUGUCUUGAGUCAAUAAGUAUUCAACUCCUUUGUUAUGGCAAGCCUAAACAAGUUCAGGAGUAAAAAUGUGCUUAACAAAUCACAUAAUAAGUUGCAUGGAUUCGCUGUGUGCAAUAAUAUUGUUUUUAACAUGAUUUUUACAUUAUCUCUAAGGUCCCUCUGUGAUGCGUGUGAUAGAAGGAGUCAGGCGCAUGAGAGUAAUACGCAUCCAAAGAGUUUAUUCCGUCGAUAAACAGUUGCGCAAGCAUGUGACAACAAAACUCAGGCACAGGGGAAAUAUCUACCCUGGCAACAACAAGGUAAGGGUAGCUCAACCGAGCUACACACAGCUCACUACAAACAAUCACCCACACAGACAAGGAAGCAGAGGGAACACUUAUACAUUGACUAAUUGGGGAUAAGGACCAGGUGUGUGUGAUUAAUUAGACAAGACAAGUGGAGUGAUGAUAAAUGGAUCGGCAGCAGCUAGUAAGCCGGUGACGACGAACGCCGAAACCUGCCCGAACAAGGAGGAGAGGCAGCCUCUGCGGAAUUUCAAACACAGAUUCAACCACAAAGACCAGGGAGAUUUUCCAAUGCCUUGCAAAGAAGGGCACCUAUUGGUAAAAGGGUAAAAACAAAAAAAGCAGACAUUGAAUAUCCCUUUGAGCAUGGUGAAGUUAUUAAUUACACUUUGGAUGAUGUAUCAAUACACCCAGUCACUACAAAGAUACAGGCGUCCUUCCUAACUCCGUUGCCAGAGAGAAAGGAAACCGCUCAGGGAUUUCACAUUGAGGCCAAUGGUGAUUUUAAAACAGUUAAAUAAUUUAAUGGUUGUGGUAUGAGAAAACUGAGGAUGGAUCAACAACAUUGUAGUUACUCAUCACUUUUUAUUUUAUUUAUUUUUUAUUUCACCUUUAUUUAACCAGGUAAGCCAGUUGAGAACAAGUUCUCAUUUACAACUGCGACUACUAACCUAAAUGACAGAGUGAAAAGAAGGAAGCUUGUACAAAAUAACAAAUGUUCAUAAACAUUCAUCCUGUUUCCAAUAAGGCCCUAAAGUAAAACUGCAAAAAAUGUGGCAAAGGAAUUAACUUUAUGUCCUGAAUACAAAGCGUUAUGUUCGGGGCAAAUCCAACACAACACAUCACUGAGUACCACUCUUUAUAUUUUCAAGCAUGGUGGUGGCUGCAUCAUGUUUUGGGCAUGCUUGUCAUCGGCAAGAACUAGGGAGUUUCUUUGGAUAAAAAUAAACAAAAUAUAGCUAAGUACAGGUAAAGUCCUAAAGGAGAACCUGGUUCAGUCUGCUUUCCAACAGACAAUGGGAGACAAAUUCACCUUUCGGACAAUAACCUAAAACACAAGGACAAAUAUACACUGGAGUUAUUUACCAAGAAGACAUUGAAUAUUCCAGAGUGGCCUAGUUACAGUUUUGACUUCAAUCGGAAUGAAAUUUUAUGGCAAGACUUGAAAAUGGCAGUCUAGCAAAGAUCAACAACCUAUUUGACAGAGCUUGAGGAAUUACAAUACCAGUCAAAGUUUUGGACACACCUACUCAUUCAAUGGUUUUUCAUUAUAAAAAAAAAAAUUUACAUUGUAGAAUAAUAGUGAAUACAUCAAAAACUAUGAAAGAACACAUAUGGAAUCAUGUAGUAACCAAAAAAGUGUUAAACAAAUAAACAUAUAUUUUAUAUUUGAGAUUCUUCAAAUUGCCAUCCUUUGCCUUGAUGACAGCUUUGCACACUCUUGGCAUUCUCUCAACCAGCUUCAUGAGGUAGUCACCUGGAAUGCAUUUCAACUCACAGGUGUGCCUUCUUAAAAGUUAAUUUGUGGAAUUUCUUUCCUUCUUAAUACAUUUGAGCCAAUCAAGAUAGGGGGUAUACAGAAGAUAGCCCUAUUUGGUAAAAGACCAAGUCCAUAUUAUGGCAAGAACAGCUCAAACAAGCAAAGAGAAACGACAGUCCAUCAUUACUUUAAGGCAUGAAGGUCAGUCAAUACGGAAUAUUUCAAAAACUAUGAUGAAACUGGCAUAGGAAUGGAAGACCCAGAGUUACAUCUGCUGCAGAGGAUACGUUCAUUAGCGCUACCAGCCUCAGAAAUUGCAGCCCAAAUAAAUGCUUCACAGAGUUCAAGUCACAGACACAUCUCAACAUCAACUGUUCAGAGGGGACUGUGUGAAUCAGGCCUUCAUGGUCGAAUUUCUGCAAAGAAACCACUACUAAAGAAGAGACCUGCUUGGGCCAAGAAACACGAGCAAUGGAUUUGGUGUCCAAAUUGGAGGUUUUUGGUUCCAACCGCCGUGUCUUUGUGAGACGCGGUGUGGAGGAACGGAUGAUCUCCGCAUUUGUAUUUCCCACCGUAAAGCAUGGAGGAGGAGGUGUUAUGGUGUAGGGGUGCUUUGCUGGCGACACUGUCUUCAAGGCACACUUAACCAGCAUGGCUACCACAGCAUUCUGCAGCGAUACGCCAUCCCAUCUGGUUUGGGAUUAGUGGGACUAUCAUUUGUUUUUCAACAGGACAAUGACCCAACACACCUCCAGGCUGUGUAAGGCUAUUUUACCAAGAAGGAGAGUGAUGGAGUGCUGCAUCAGAUGACCUGGCCUCCACAAUCCCCCGACCUCAACCCAAUUGAGAUGGUUUGGGAUGAGUCAGACGGCAGAGUGAAGGAAACGCAGCCAACAAGUGCUAAGCAUAUGUGGGAACUCCUUCAAGACUGUUGGAAAAGCAUUCCAGGUGAAGCUGGUUCAGAGAAUUCCAAGAGUGUGCAAAGCUGUCAUCAAGGCAAAGGAUGGCUAUUUGAAGAAUCUCAAAUAUAAAAUAUAUUUUGAUUUGUUUAACACUUUUUGGGUUACUACAUGAUUCCAUAUGUGUUAUUUCGUAGUUUUGAUGUCUUCAUUAUUAUUCUACAAUGUAGAAAAUAGUAAAAAUAAAGAAAAACCCUUGAAUGAGUAGGUGUGUCCAAACGUUUCACUGUUACUGUAAACUAAUUAUAAUGUGCAAAUAUUGUAUAAUCCAGGUGUGCAAAGCUCUUAGAGACUUAGCAGAAAGCCUCACUGCUGUAAUUGCUGCCUAAAGUGAGUCUAACAUGUAUUGACUCAGGGGUGUAAUAUUUCUGUAUUUAAUUUUCAAUGUCUAAAAAAAAGUCUAAAAACAUGUUUUCACUUUGUCAUUAUGGGGUAUUGUGUGUAAAUGGGUGAGAAAAUAAAUCAAUUUAAUCCAUUUUAAAUUCAGGCUGUAACACAAAAAAUGUGGAAUAUGUCAAGGGGUAUGAAUAGUUUCUGAAGGCACUGUAUCUGUAAUAUGCUUCAGAGAGUAAAAUAGAAGCCAUUUACUACAGUUAGGUUUAGACCACAGUCUGUUUCAUUGCUUAGAGAAAACACUGGACAUUAGUUUACUUCAGAAUCUUGAAUAUCAAUAAAAGUUAGAUACCGAAUAGAGAAUCAGUCUUAUACAGUGAGGGAAAAAAGUAUUUGAUCCCCUGCUGAUUUUGUACAUUUGCCCACUGACAGAGAAAUGAUCAGUGUAUAAUUUUAAUGGUAGGUUUAUUUGAACAGUGAGAGACAGAAUAACAACAAAAUCCAGAAAAACACAUGUCAAAAAUGUUAUAAAUUGAUUUGCAUUUUAAUGAGGGAAAUAAGUAUUUGACCCCCUCUCAAUCAGAAAGAUUUCUGGCUCCCAGGUGUCUUUUGUACAGGUAACGAGCUGAGAUUAGGAGCACACUCUUAAAGGGAGUGCUGCUAAUCUCAUCUUGUUACCUGUAUAAAAGACACCUGUCCACAGAAGCAAUCAAUCAAUCAGAUUCCAAACUCUCCACCAUGGCCAAGACCAAAGAGCUCUCCAAGGAUGUCAGGGACAAGAUUGUAGACCUACACAAGGCUGGAAUGGGCUACAAGACCAUCGCCAAGCAGCUUGGUGAGAAGGUGACAACAGUUGGUGCGAUUAUUCGCAAAUGGAAGAAACACAAAAGAACUGUCAAUCUUCCUCGGCCUGGGGCACCAUGCAAGAUCUCACCUCGUGGAGUUGCAAUGAUCAUGAGAACGGUGAGGAAUCAGCCCAGAACUACACGGGAGGAUCUUGUCAAUGAUCUCAAGGCAGCUGGGACCAUAGUCACCAAGAAAACAAUUGGUAACACACUACGCCGUGAAGGACUGAAAUCCUGCAGCGCCCGCAAGGUCCCCCUGCUCAAGAAAGCACAUAUACAGGCCCGUCUGAAGUUUGCCAAUGAACAUCUGAAUGAUUCAGAGGAGAACUGGGUGAAAGUGUUGUGGUCAGAUGAGACCAAAAUCGAGUUCUUUGGCAUCAACUCAACUCGCCGUGUUUGGAGGAGGAGGAAUGCUGCCUAUGACCCCAAGAACACCAUCCCCACCGUCAAACAUGGAGGUGGAAACAUUAUGCUUUGGGGGUGUUUUUCUGCUAAGGGGACAGGACAACUUCACCGCAUCAAAGGGACGAUGGACGGGGCCAUGUACCGUCAAAUCUUGGGUGAGAACCUCCUUCCCUCAGCCAGGGCAUUGAAAAUGGGUCAUGGAUGGGUAUUCCAGCAUGAUAAUGACCCAAAACACACAGCCAAGGCAACAAAGGAGUGGCUCAAGAAGAAGCACAUUAAGGUCCUGGAGUGGCCUAGCCAGUCUCCAGACCUUAAUCCCAUAGAAAAUCUGUGGAGGGAGCUGAGGGUUUGAGUUGCCAAACGUCAGUCUCGAAACCUUAAUGACUUGGAGAAGAUCUGCAAAGAGGAGUGGGACAAAAUCCCUCCUGAGAUGUAUGCAAACCUGGUGGCCAACUACAAGAAACGUCUGACCUCUGUGAUUGCCAACAAGGGUUUUGCCACCAAGUACUAAGUCAUGUUUUGCAGAGGGGUCAAAUACUUAUUUCCCUCAUUAAAAUGCAAAUCAAUCACGUUUUUGACAUGCAUUUUUCUGGAUUCUUUUGUUGUUAUUCUGUCUCUCACUGUUCAAAUAAACCUACCAUUAAAACGAUAGAUUGAUCAUGUCUUUGUCAGUGGGCAAACGUACAAAAUCAGCAGGGGAUCAAAUACUUUUUUCCCUCACUGUAUGUGUGACAAGAUGAGAAAUAUCCCUCCUAUUUCCUCUUUCCUCCAGAUAUAUGUCAUAGACAGUACAGACAAGAAGCGGUUUGAAGAAACUGGACUGGUAAGGCCAACUGAAAUAGUAGUCAUACUCUAUUCCAAGUUUUUUAACAGUUAGCCUUGUAUUAUAAUAGUGGAUAUGCAAACCUGUAAUUGCUGACAACACAAAGAUGUAGUCCACAUACUAUGCUCCUCUCUGGAAUAACACUGCUGACCCCUCAGGAACUGUCAGAGCUGAUCGAUGAGGAGAACCUGAAGGGGGUUCCCGUGCUCAUCUUUGCCAACAAGCAGGACCUGUCCACGGCCUCGCCUGCCAGCGAGAUUGCAGAGGGCCUGAACCUUCACACAUUACGCGACCGGGAGUGGCAGAUCCAGGCCUGCUCAGCUUUCUCUGGAGAGGGAGUUCAGGUAGGCCACAACAUCUCUGAAAAUAGGACAGAUAAUGUCACAUUCAGCGUUUAA